CGACUUCGUUGUCUUAGCUAUAUCGUCAACCUUAUUGUAAAAGCUUUCUUCGAAGCUUAUACUAAGGAACAAGAAGAUAAAGGGUCUAGGCUAAUUAAGAAGCUCUAUUACAUUGUCCACUAUAUCCGCUAUAGCCUACAACGCUAUAACGCCUUCGUUAAAGCUAAGAAGGAAGCGGUAGAUAACUUUAAUACGCUUUUGACUAGGCUAGAGGAUGUUGUUGAGCUCCAAUUAGUAGUAGACAAUGAUAUAAGGUGGAACUUGGUCUUCCUAAUAAUCUAA